AAGGAGGAGGGUUUCAGCGUCUGACGCUGUCGUGUGGGUUUUACGAUGAUCCAUCAAAGAUUCUGUGCUGACACGGCGCAUGGCACAGACAGACUGAAAUGUCAUCGACAGCCUCAUGGUCGAUGUUUUUCUCAGCUUGAUAUAUGAUGGAGAGUGUUUGGAUUUUCACUGUCCUCAUCAUAUAUAAAGCUUGGAGCGUGACCUCAGAGGUCCCUUUAUCGUUUGAGCUUGGGAGCUACGUCAAUCUAACAUGUCGGGGCCAGUCCAAUCCUUUUCUACAUGUUAUCUGGAAAAUUCAGACGAAAAAUAACAAAUGUAGAGUGACGUUUCAACACAAUAGUGAAAACACCUGCAGAGAUGGAUUGUACAUCACACUGCAGGCCACCAACCAGACGGUCCUGCACAUACCAAACUUCUCAGAGAGCGACGUUGGGUUCUAUAGUGGUGAGCUGGUUCUCUCUCGGUCUCGCGAGGUUUGCAACUUCAGUCUGAGCGUAACAACUCCUCCCAGACUGUCCUCGUGGUUGGAGAUGAAAGACGGUAAAUUAGUGGCUGUAUGUAAAGCAGAAGGUGCAAAUCCAGCCGCCAACAUCAGUUGGAAAGAGGCAGGGAACUCAUCGGUGGAGGAGAAGCGUUCUGUCUCUGAUCAGUUCCACACCACAGAGAGUCGCCUGACUCUGCCUCAACACUAUGCUUCCAGCUCCACCCCCGUCUGCUCUGUUGCACAUGCUGCCUGGGCAGAAGAGAGGCUCUUGUUGCCACGACUUCCAGGACUUCCCUUUUACCAGGUUUGCAUCAUCUCUGCCUUCAUUACCAUUUUUGUUUUGGCCGGAACCUCCUUGCUGCUUUAUCGACACAGAAAGUUCCUCAUUUCAAGAUGUCGCGGCCACGUCGACGCGUCGCUCACUGACUCUCAGCAGAAAGAGGAUGUGGAGGAAGUGGAGCCGUAUGCCAGUUAUGUUCAACGAGUCAACUCCAUUUACAACUCUUGAACCUGUUUCUACGAAUGACUGAAGUGAAAAAAAAAGAAGACUUGACUGAAGGAAAAGAAGACGGGGCGUCACAGAGGAGACGAAGAAAGAGGAAAUAUUCAUGUGUGAAAUGUGAAUAUGUGAUGAGACAUGAUGCACUUUCCAAGGACUUGUUUUAAAUAGUGUCAUCUUGAUCCAUCGCUGCCACAGUAUUCGCUGUCUGGAUUUGGAAAUGGAAGAGUCAAAAAUAUAUCUGACCAGAAAGUAGCUCACCUCACUUCUCGUCAGAGGAGCUUUUGUAAAAUACUUAAAUGUUAUUUCUGAAUUUGAAGAUUUUUUUUAUUCCACUUGGCUGAGGUCACGUCGCGGGGGCAGCAACUGCAGCCCAGUAUUCCCGCUCCUCUGGCUCCUCUUGAGUAGUACUUAGAAGUGAUGGGUGGACGAGGUGUUAUGAAACUGUGUCCUGAUUUUCCGAGGCCACCAGAUGGCGCUGUGUGUUGUAAAAUGUCUGGACCUGAGCAUCUUAUUCAUUGAGACCUCACAUAAUUUAAAGAGCUCCAUCUAGUGGCCUCUGAAAAUCAGGUCACUGUUUCAUGAAACCUCAUCAACCCCUCAUCGGUACCUAGACGUUCCAAAAUCAACUGAGAGACUAAAUUUCUGAAGCAUGUCUUGGGUCCGCCCAGGGGCCUCCUCCUCCUCCGCUGAAAAAAACACCAGAUCACUCACGUCACUAAAGAAGAGGAUUAGGGCCAGUGAGGACUUAAAAGAGAGACUUUAAUGUGAGAAUUCUGACUUUAAUCUCACUUUAAAGUGAGAAUUCUGACUUUUUCCCCCUCAAAUUUCUGACUUUAAAGUGAGAAUUCUCACUUUUUUUCCCUCAAAUUUCUGACUUUAAAGUGAGAAUUCAGACUUUUUUUUUUACCUCAAAUUUCUGACUUUAAACUGAGAAUUCUGACUUUUUUUCCCUCAAUUUUCUGACUUCAAAGUGAGAAUUCUGACUUUUGUCUCAGAAUUGUCACUUUGUGACGUUGAGCAAUGAAUUGUGGGGCAGGAAUCCUCAGACUGCUGUUUAAAGAGAAAAGUCAGAAUUCUCACUUUAAAGUCAGAAUUCUGAGAAAAAAGUCAGAAUUCUGCCAAGUAUUAUUUUUUUCUUCACUGGCCCUAAUCCUCUUCCAUACGUCACUCAUUUAAAUGACAGAAAUAUUUUUUUCAAAAAUUCAAAAAAGCUGUCAAAAACAACUUUACUCAAUUCAGUUUUCAAAAAUAAUAAAGCUUUCAGAAGGUGUGAAGCCAAAGUGGCCACACAGCAGUGUCAGAAGGAAGUCAGCUGACAUUUCUAGGUCAUGAGCACAUAGUCAUCAUCUUUAGACUCAGAGUCAAUCGUGCCCGGAGUGACAACCGUGGCAUAUUCACACCCAUCGUCUGAGGAAGUUUUCCUUCUCCUGUGGCGCGGCUUGGAGAGGCUGUGGUCGAGCGUGACGUAGUUCAGGUCCGGAGACGACUGCAGUGGGAGAGAUGGAAGCUGUGAACAGUUCUGAGAGAUCUAUCUAUCUCUCUGUCUGUCAUUAUUAUUAUUAUUAUUAUUUUAUAAUGUUAUUAUGCCUACCUUGUUUGAAUGUUCUGCAGAAUCUCCUGCAAUAAAUCAUAACAAACGCAUAAAAAAACAUAAUAACUGAAUGAAAAUUGUUUUGUCAUUCAUUUUUC